CAGCUUCGUUAGUAAUGUUAACGUUAGCCCAAUGUUAUUGUCAUGCGAUGUAGCCUAGUAGGCUAAGUUACAACGUUUCAUAGCAGUAGCCUAGUCCAAACAGUCUUGGUUCACAUUUCUCCCAUCUUUUCCCAGAACACGAUGUUCAUGUUGAUUGAAUGGGUUUAAAGAUCCCCCAACCUGGGAUGUAUUGCCUGUAAAGAAGGUAAUUUACGGCGAAAUCGAGGUUGGUAAUAUAUGCGAUGUGGAGUAUUUGGAGGAGUCAAGUCCAGCCAGAAUUAUAGAGUUAGAGAGCAGAAAAACGUUGCUAAAAGCACUGGGAUAACUGGAGAGAGACAGGGCAAGAGGCCCAACAACAGCACCCGGGCCAAGUGGCCGUGGUCAGAGAGAGAAGCGCGCCCCCUCGACACCAUACUCACCUGGUGGCAUCACCAGUGACAAUGAUGAGGAUUCAGCUACAAUCAAUAGCAUGUCACACCAGCUUGAUGAGAUCUACAAUAUAUUAAUUGAUAUGAACCACAGAAUUAGCAGGCUGGAGAAACAUAUAAUUACAAACCACAAAACGCCUAUGCCAGCAGGAGCGUCAGUACCACCAACAGUGCAACACCCACUGGCUGCACCACCAACACCAGUGUGCUAACCAGCACCAGUUUCCAAACCAGCACCACCAGCACCAACACCCCCAUCAGCAACUACCAUCUGCAGCACCAACAACACAGAUAUGUUUUGCUAUGCAGCACUGUGAAGUGAAUGGAUGCAACCUUCAUGCAAUGAAUUCUUUGAGUGCUAUGUACCAGCAUUUACAACAUUCCCGUAAUUGGCAGACAUCUGUUCAGGCAUUAACUCUUGCUGAGAGACUGGGUGACAUCAUUCUAGAGGCUCGCUAUGGUUCUCAGCACCGGAAACAGCGUCGGAGCCGCACAGCAUUCACAGCACAACAGUUAGAAGCAUUGGAGAGGAUAUUCCAGAAGACCCACUACCCUGAUGUUGUCAUGCGUGAAAGACUGGCCAUAUGCACAAAUCUGCCAGAGGCACGUGUUCAAGUAUGGUUUAAAAAUCGCCGUGCUAAAUUUCGCAAAAUACAGCACAUUCUUCAGAAAGAGCAGUUGCCGAAGCAGAAAGAGGAGGAGCCUAAACACAAAUCACCUACAGGCUUGAGCUCAGUAAAGCAGUCCAGGGAGUACAACAACAAGGACACCUCUUACAAGCCAGAAGAAUUAACAGAUAACGUCCAGUUCCCCUACUCAACCUGUUUAGGUGUCAGCACUGGGAUCUCUCAAAUACACUCCUACACCUCUUCACCAGUCAGCCUCCUCUGCCUGCAGGAGCAGUUUUCCCAGAACACAGCCACCACCAACAACCUGAUGCAUGUCCCCUCUUUUCAAAUGUGUGCUCCUGUUUCCAUUCCACACCUAGGAAUGAAUAUCAGUAUUCCAGCAACUCUUUCUUCCGUGCCCUGUUCUUUCAUUCAAUCUCUACCCCAUCAUUCACGAUUCUGGAAUGCCCAACCCCUCCAGGCCUCAGAUGGGCUUCCUAACCAUCAAACCACCAGCAUCGAAAACUUGUGUCUUAAAGCCAAGCACCACACAGUAGCUCUUGGUUUGGACACUCUAUCCAACUAAAUGCUAUCUGGUGUCAUGGUCUGACCAGGAAAAUCACAUCCUUCGAACACUGAAUGCAAGACUAAGUUGGCCACUGUUUUGUGUUGGUCCUUAUUCAUCAAAGAUCUACAUUUCCCAGAUAUCUUUGUGAACACACAGAUCUCACAGAAUAUUUUAUUAGAAUUUCGUAAGUUAGGUUUUAUCACUUCAGUUGAGUAGCAUGUGCAAAUAAAAAAAAUGGCUUAGGUAAAUGGGCAAUUAUAGUAGAUUGUGCACUUGUAUGAGAUCUUAAAGGUGCCCUGCCACACGUAUUUCAUUACUUUGUGGUAAUGUCUGAAGUUCUACCAUGGACUCUAACAUUUUUUGUCGAAAACAUA